CAGUUUUACAGUUUAAAAACAAAACCAGUUUUGAGUUUUAGUUUAAAAACAAAACUAGGUUAAAAACUAUUAAAACGGUCUCUAUGGAUUGCAUAAAUAUUUGGUUAUGGAAUAUCUAAGUGCCAGUUUACACGAUAAUUUAAGUUCUAACGUUUUAAAACUUCUAAAUGAGGUCGAAAUUAGUACUGUUAUUCAAUUUUUAAAUUGUGAAAGUAAAAAAAUUGAAAAGGUUACAAGCUUAACACUCAAAGAAGUUUUAGAAAUAAAAAAGAAACUUUUAAAGAUAUAUUCCAAACCAAUAAGUGCCUAUGAUUACUAUCAAAAUAUAAUAAGUAAUUUUGCCCUUAUUCCCACAGGGAUUGAGAGGUUGGAUUCCAUAUUAGAGGGAGGAUUGUUUACUGGAAAUAUUUAUGAAAUAUGUGGCUUGCCUGCCUCUGGGAAGAGUUUAUUUUGUUUAACAGUUUUAAAAAACAUUGCAUCAAAGGCCAACAACAGUGAUAUUAUGUACCUGGAUACAAAAUAUGACUUCUUAGGAUUGAAGUUGAAGCAGAUGUUGACAAAUUUAAAUAAAGAAGAAAUUAUCGCAAGUAUGAGCCGAAUACAAGUACUUCGAGCAAUAACGAAAUCGGAGUUUUUAAAAUAUCUUCUGUUUAUAAAACAUUCUGCAGACAACGGGAAACCGAUAAAGUUGGUUAUAAUCGAUUCCCUUCCGCCGCUAUGUUUCAUAUCCUCGGAUCAAACUGAAAAUAACGCAUUUCUUUGUUACACAGCAAAUAUUUUACAUUAUUUAGCAAAAGAACACAAUAUGGUGAUAAUUGUAACCAACUUAAUAACGUUGUGGAACGAAGGAGAUUUUAAAAACAUAGAUGUAAUGAAAGAGAGAAUUUCUUGUGGCACUUACUGGUCUGGGAUGCCCAAUGUUAGGAUAUGUUUGAAAAAGGAUAAGAAUAAUUGUAGAAUGACUCUAACCAAAGCUAUUAAGUUAAUGCCAGAAGUUAAUUUUUGUGAUGUUAAGUUUACAGAAGAAGGAUUUGUGUAA